CGGUGGGGCGUCGAGUCCAGCACGCACGUCGCCCGGCUCUGCCCUGCGGUCAGGGUUUUGUUUUCUCUUUUCCUCGACAGCUUUCACUUUUCUUGUACUUUUACCAGUCUCCCUAGCUCUGUCAUGCAUUUUGGAUGGCGCGGACUCCAAGGCGUAAACUUUAUAAGAAGAGAGUUGCGGCGCGCAGAUCGCGCCAUAACCGCAGCGAACGCGUUUGACGUGAAGUUGACAAUAUGAUUCGAAUCGGGAUUUUGUCUGCUUUGCAGACAUCAAGCAAGUAGUCUGCUCUGUGGUCAUGGACGAUGGAGGCUCAAAGUCUGUCCGUGAACACGGUGACCUACACUCUGGUGGCUGAGCAGAGUCCGAUCGACGACGACCCGUUCGUCGGACCCAUCAAGAACAUCGCGCCAUGGAACUUCACCAUUUUGGCGCUGCUCAUGUUUGUGGUCACUUCUCUUUCUCUGACCGAAAACUUCCUGGUUAUGUUUGCCACAUACAAGUUCAAACAACUCAGACAGCCACUGAACUACAUCAUAGUCAACUUGGCCAUAGCUGACUUUUUAGUCUCCCUCACAGGAGGACUCAUAAGUUUCCUGACAAAUGCCAGAGGUUAUUUCUUCCUGGGACGUUGGGCUUGUGUGGUGGAGGGCUUUGCUGUCACUUUUUUCGGAAUUGUUGCCCUGUGGUCUUUGGCCAUUCUGUCCUUCGAACGAUUCUUCGUGAUCUGUCGACCUAUGGGCAACAUUCGACUGCAAGCCAAACAUGCCGUCAUGGGUCUGCUCUUUGUCUGGAUCUUUUCCUUCGUUUGGACCUUCCCGCCGGUGCUGGGCUGGAACAGAUAUACCGUCAGUAAGAUUGGAACAACCUGCGAGCCUGACUGGUAUUCAUCCAACAUCGCUGACCACAGCUACAUCAUUACCUUAUUCUCCACUUGUUUCAUUCUGCCUCUUGGACUCAUCUUCUUCUGCUAUGGGAAGCUACUGCGGAAGCUCCGGAAGGUGUCCCACGGUCGUCUGGCCAAUGCCAGGAAGCCCGAGCGCCAGGUGACCCGGAUGGUGAUAGUGAUGAUUAUAGCAUUCAUGGUGGCAUGGACACCAUAUGCUGUAUUUGCUAUACUGGUUACAAUUCAUCCAAACCUUGAAUUGGAUCCAAGGUUGGCUUCCAUUCCUGCAUUCUUCUCCAAGACGGCUGCGGUGUAUAACCCAAUCAUCUACGUGUUCAUGAACAGACAGUUCCGGAAGUGCAUCAUCCAGCUCUUCACCGGCAUCGUGGCCAUGCCUGAAAGCAACUUGAACCAGACGUCAGAGCGACCAGGAACAACUGCGGACAGUCAAACAGGAGAAAUGGCUGCCAUUGCGGCCCGUAUACCGGUAUCGCCCAGGUCUGAAGAUUCUCCGACUGACUGUGGCUCCUUUGCUCAGCUCCCUAUCCCGGAGAACAAAGUAUGUCCAAUGUAACAGCGACUAAGAGCGGGUCUACUACAGCAUGCAUUUCCUUGGUAAAAAACAAAACAAACAAACAAAAUCCUUGCCAUACCGGAACUUUGGACCACACCAGUAUUCGUUUUCAUUCUUGGAAGGAGUGGUUGAGCUCAAGAUAUCAUGGUUAACCUUUUGUACUUCACAUGCAAUCAACGAGGAAACAAAAAUUCAAAAGCGAAUGAAGGUUUCUCGUGAUGCGCAUUGGAACAGUUUGCUCAAAAUUUUAUUUGCAUUAAUCCAAACUAUUUUUAGGAAAGAAACUGUGCAGAUAGGAAAGCUUUAGCCAUUAGAUACCUUGUAAAUUUGAGCUUGCCUUAUAUUGGUUUCUUGCUGGUGGCUGACUUUGUCGCUCUGCUGACCCCACAUGCACAACUUGCAGCGUGGCACAAAAUGCAUCCUGCACUUUAACUGACUUGAUAGACUCUCAUACUGUAUCUCCAGGUGAAUAGAAGCUUCUGGAAAAAUCACAGCAUACGUUCGUUUCGGCCUAGUCAACACUAUUCAAAUCAAAUCCCCCAAUUCUUCCCUUCAUCGACUCAAUUUCCUUUCUUUUUCAUGCCCUGAGCCCCUACGGAGGAAGCAUUGUUUUACUAUGCUGUUUCAGUACUUUACUUUGGCAGCGCAUCUUCAGUCAAAUCCACCCAUCAAACAAGUUAGAAACCCCCCUCUUGGUUUUGAAGACUUUUUGUUUUUGUUCAGACUGUGUUGACUCGUGACGGGCAAUACUUUCAUCUGUGCUGCAGAUGGUCCCUAUUGCCUCGACUGCUGAGAUACAAGGGCAAUAUGCAUAAUGCGGUGAAGAUGCGAUCAACACGCACACAAAGAUGCACACAAUAAAUACCUCGCCCCACAUAUAUCAGCUAUGGUAACGUAUUUUCCACACUAAAAGGGGCACUGGAUUAUGAAGCGCACCUUCAAUAAAUGGCCUAUUUUGUAAUUUUUUUCAUAUAUUGGACACACCGCAUUAUAAGAUGCAAUCUACAAUGCAUCCACUAAAUGGAGCUACGCUCAAGGAAACGCCAACAGAAUACUGCACUACACCCUGAUUUACAGUAUAUAGCGAUGAGCAGAUGUCAGUUGUCAAUAUGUAAAACUUAGCUAAUAAUGCAGCAACACAGUUCACUUCACCAACAGCAAGUUAUAACAUUGACUUAUUAAGGUUGAACUCUCUUGACGCUGCUCUAUUUCCGUGUUCAACUGCGAAACCGAUCGCCUUACAUUUGAAAGCUGCGUUGUAAGCAUGUCUCAAACAAUGAGCUAUUUUGGGGUUGACAUAUUACCGUAAUGACUAUACACAAGGCACAUCGGAUUUUAAGGCGCACUGUGAGCUUUUAAGAAAAUGGAAGGCUUUUAGGUGCGCCUUUUAGUGCAGAAAAUAUGGUAUUGGUUAACACAAAGUUUAAUUAAUUCAUUACUCAUGGGCUUGAUCAGUUUUUCCCUUUCAUCGUAUUAAAACAUAAGCCAUUUUGGGAAAUGCUGUUGGCGUAGGAGUGAAUUACAAGAAAAGUCAGCAACACAGGCUGUGUGCAAAGUUUUCCAGUUUUCUAAACAAAACAAAGAACUCUGGGAUGACAUCUAAGACUAGCUAGCAUUAGCAGCUACUCGCUCAUAACUCAACUCAACUCAACUCAACUGUAUUUAUAGAGCACUUUCAAACAGCCAUCGCUGCAUACAAAGUGCUGUACAUGGAACAAAUAACUGCUGAUUUAUCCACCACUUUAGUUGCCGUCACAGAAUUAAUCGGGCAACACACGACAGCUAUUUAAUUGGAAUUAGCAACUUCCUGAUAUACAGCCAGAAAAUUGCUCACCAAAGACCGACAGUAAUUCUGGCUAUAGGGUACUAAAUACUCUUGGCAUCAGUACACCUGACCCAGAGAACAUCCACAUACAGGCAGGAACCUCAUAUUAACUCUUUCAGGGGCAGCACUUACUACAGUGGACAGCUUAUCAUGUUAUCAGGUUACAGGUUGUCAUUAUUGGUGCAUGAAAGGGUUAACGUUUAAAUACUUGUUUGGAUGAGCUUGGCAUGGUAGAAAUCUACUGGCAAAUACCUCCCAACUCAGUCUCAUCGAACAUCUUCGUGAGGUGCGGCAACAGAGAUUGUGAGCCAGGCCUUCUGUUCCAAUGGUGAUCAUAAAUGUUCUUCCUAUUGAAUGGACCAAACAUUUUCCCAGAAUAGUAAUAGCUGUGUUCGCUGUCGUGUGUCUAAUCAAUCCAUGAUGGUGUACUGAUACAAUUUUCUGUAUUCAGUAUAUUGUCAAUAUGUAUAUGUAUUCAUACAUUUGAACUACAAUCUGUUGUCAUUUUAUGGUGAACUCUCUGUCAUAGCAUGUUCCAAUCAAUAUUGUUUACACGCAUUGAGCACAAAAGAAACCUAUGUAGCAGCCAUGGCCAAAAACAAUGAAAUAAUAACAUAAGCACAGAUCAAUUGUGUCCGCAUAGUUAAAGACACACACACACACACACAUACACACACACACACACACACACACACACACACACACACACACACACACACUGAUGUAAAUGUAACAGCGUGUUCUAUUUUGACUUUGACCUUUGUGGUGCAUGUUUGUCAUAUAUUUCUCCGUCUGUGUCCAAAACUGUUGUACUGUCAAUUCUACAAGAUGGUGCAUUAUGUUUUGAAAGUAAUCCUAUUGUAUGUGUACUGUGUAUCUGACUUUGUGUUUAAAAUUGCGACCAGUCAUGUAUCGGACUAAAUCUGUGUCAGUGCAUCUUUACUUUGUUGCUUUGACAUGAUUAUUAUUAGAACACACUGUUGUUUAUCCCAAGUGUGAUUUAAGAAUUAUAGCAUAUAUAGAUACAGUGUUAUGAUUUUCAUUCGUAUAAUAUGACAAGUGAGAUUGUACAUGUCUGUUAUUACCUUCAUCUUGAUAUCGUCAUCAAUUGCAGAUCUAUGGUGUACAUAAAUAGACAAUAAAUUUGAACAUCCUUAAGAGCACA